UCCUGCAGAACCGGACAGGGCAGAUCCUCUCUGCAGCACCUGGCACUCCUCUUCAUUAGAUCUUCCACGAACUCCACACUCGCUAUACGAACACACACCAAAACCACUUACAACCUUUCUUGUUGUGGUUUUAUAACAACACGCACUUGAUUACGGACCAUCAUGGGCAACGUCCAGCCCACAAUCGUCCCAUUUGAGGAUUUUGAUGUUACAGCUGACAUAAAGGCUAUUCGACAAGCGUGCAAAGGUGUAGGUACGGAUGAAGAAGCCAUUAUUCAAAUCCUGGCCAAUCGCUCGGCAGUCCAACGUCUGGAAAUCAAGCAAGCUUACUUUGAAAAGUACGAUGAUGAGUUAGAAGAGGUCCUGAAAAAGGAAUUGACUGGCAGCUUUGAGAACGCUAUUGUGGCCAUGUUGGACCCGCCAAAUGUCUUCUUUGCCAAGGAGCUGAGCAAGGCCAUGAAGGGGGCAGGCACAGAUGAACCCGUGCUUGUGGAGAUCCUGUGCACGGCUACUAAUGAGGACAUCAACAGUUACAAAGAGGCCUAUGCCCAGGUGCUUGAACAUGACCUGGAGGCUGACAUUGACGAUGACACCAGCGGAGACGUGAAGAACCUCCUUAUCUCACUCCUGCAGGCGAGCAGAGACGAGGGCUUUGAGGUGGAUGAGGGCUUAGCCGAACAGGACGCCGCGUCUUUGUUUGAGGCAGGAGAAGGCAUGUUUGGGACAGAUGAGUCCACCUUCAGCUACAUCCUCACACACAGAAACUACAUGCAGCUCCAGGCCACCUUUAAAUCUUAUGAAGCACUAUCAGGGACAGACAUUUUGGACACGAUUGACUCUGAGGCCACAGGAACCCUAAAGGACUGUUACGUCACUCUAGUUCGGUGCGCCAAGAACCCUCAACUGUACUUUGCGCGACGCAUUAAUGCUGCUAUGAAGGGACUCGGCACCGAUGAGGACACACUCAUCCGCUUGAUCGUGGGCCGCUCUGAGAUUGACCUGGAGACGGUGAAGGACAUGUACCUGGAAAAGUAUGACGUCACCUUAAAAGAUGCCCUGGAUGCCGAGUGCGGCGGAGAUUUCAAACGUCUCCUCCUGGAGAUCUUGCACUGAAACACUAUCCUUCUUCUAAUAGGCCUUAUUUAAACAGUCGUGUAUCUUCCUCUCUACCUCCUCUAAGCAACCCCAUUGUUCACUCAUUGCCUGCGUGUCAUCACCACAUUCCUCUUGAACUUGUAGUUCUUUAUUAGCUCGCUGUCUGUUGACAUACUCUCACCUGCGUCCUUGCGGCAAGACGUUGACACAUAUUUACUGCCAUUUAAAUGUGUCUCUAAUAUUAACAUUCAUUGGGAAGUUUCAUAUAUAUUGCCUAAAUGCUAUAAACAUUAACUACCAGCUUUGAGAGACAUUCAGUACAUGUAUUAGCCAGUACAUGAGUACAGUAUUUACUGUCAGCCGGUGAAUGUGUCAAUUGCAAUUUGCAUUUUAAACACAUUCCAGUGUCUCAUUAUCUGUGUAAAAACACUGUUUUUGCUUGCAUUACAAAUGUAGUGCAAUUUGCUGCAAAGGUAUCGUUUGUAGGUAUGCCAUGGUACUUUCUGCCACGACACAAAAGUGCCGACUGAUCACAAUAGAUGGGCGAUUAGCAGUACAGUAACUUCCCUUCACCUGUUUAGGUACACACUGCACACUGUUGUUUAGGACACCUUCAUGCCUGUGGGAUUUUUUGAAGACGCUUGUAAUCACUGUUAAUAAAUUGCAAUCUUCUCACUUGAUAUAGUAUGCAAUUACAAUUUUCACAAACCUAGUAGUCUUCAUUUAAUGCACUAACAAUGGAUGGUUAGACUGCUGUUAACACUGAACUAUGUAUGCAAUUCUAUGUUAUUUAAAUCUAAAUUUAGUGGCUAUUGUGAUAGAUUGUUGCAUUGUCAUGUAGUAAAUUGACUCACUAGACUAUCAAAAGUAUGUUGGUGUAUUCUGAUGACUGGAAACUUGAUGACUGUUACUUUUCAGCCUGCCUCUGUUUUAUAGUUUGUGGCAGAUUGUAUAUUAAAAAAAAACAAGCAGACAUUCAAAGCAAAAUAAAACAGGGUAAUGG